GCUUCUUCUAAGUAUGGUAACAGUGCAAUUAACAAGAUUAAAUUCGUAUGAGAUAAUUCCAAUAUGCCAUUUAGUGCUUAUCGGGCACAUUCUGCUUCCUACUGCCAUAUACUUAUCUGGAUUUACUUUCAUGCAAAUAUUUGGAAUUCUAACAGUAUACUACAUGGGAAUAUUUGCUUUGUCUUUGUUUAUAUCACAAAUAUAUCUAGAAUACACGCUGGCAUGCCUGAUUUUUGUAUGGGGGUGGAUGUGUGUGUGCCACAUUCUAUCGAUAUAGUCUAAAAUAAUGUUAUUUGUAUACGCACAGCCAAAGAUUAAAUUUAUUUGUACUAAAUAUUUCCGGGU